AUGCCUGCCGCGUUACCGGUCAUUGAUCACUCGCCCCACCACCCCGAGCCCUCCCCACCCGUCCCUACAGCGUCCAACCUGAUUCUGAUCGACAACUACGACUCGUUUACCUGGAACGUGUAUCAGUACCUUGUGCUGGAAGGCGCGACCGUUACCGUCUUCCGCAAUGACGAGCUUACGCUGGAAGACUUAAUCUCCAAGAACCCCACGCAAUUGGUCGUCAGUCCCGGGCCCGGACACCCCGAGAAGGACGCCGGCAUUAGCAACGAGGCAAUACAGCACUUUGCCGGAAAGAUACCCGUGCUGGGAGUGUGUAUGGGAGAGCAGUGCAUCAUCCACAGCUUUGGCGGCAAAGUCGAUGUGACCGGCGAGAUCCUCCAUGGCAAGACCUCACCCCUCGUGCAUGACGCCAAGGGCCUGUACGAGAGCGUCUCUCAGCGCAUUCCCGUAACCAGAUAUCAUUCGCUUGCCGGAACUCACACCACGGUUCCCAGCUGCCUCGAAAUCAAUUCCUGGAUCGAGCGCCCAGACGGCGGAAUCGGGGUUAUAAUGGGCGUGCGACACAAGGAAUACGUGCUGGAGGGAGUCCAGUUCCAUCCCGAGAGUAUCUUGACCGAGCAGGGUCGCCUUAUGUUCAGGAAUUUCCUGCGCAUGCAGGGAGGAACCUGGGCCGAGAACGAGAAGCUGUCCAAGGAGGCUCAUGCCAAAGCUAUCGGAGUUGCUACCGACGGUGUGGCCUCGUCGAAAGGCUCCGCCAAGGACAAACAGACGUCCAUUCUAGAGAAGAUCUACGAUCACCGAAGGGCUGCAGUCGCGGAGCAAAAGAAGAUCCCAUCCCAGAGGCCUACCGAUCUGCAAGCUGCAUAUGACCUCAACCUUGCACCUCCUCAAAUAUCCUUUCCUGAUCGGCUAAGAGAGUCACCUUAUCGCCUUUCCCUCAUGGCUGAAAUCAAGCGGGCCUCUCCAUCCAAGGGUAUUAUCUCAUUAUCCACUUGCGCUCCUGCUCAGGCACGACAGUAUGCCAAGGCUGGCGCGAGUACAAUCUCGGUGUUAACCGAGCCAGAAUGGUUCAAGGGCAGCAUCGACGAUCUUAGGGCGGUGCGACAGAGUCUUGAAGGAAUGCCGAACCGACCCGCAGUCCUACGGAAAGAAUUCAUAUUCGACGAGUACCAGAUUCUCGAGGCAAGACUGGCUGGGGCCGACACCGUCUUACUGAUUGUAAAGAUGUUGGAUGAAGCAUUGCUAAAGAGGCUUUACUCGUACUCUCAGUCGCUCGGCAUGGAGCCCUUAGUCGAAGUCAACACUGUCGAGGAGAUGCAGAUCGCUGUGAACCUGGGCUCCCGGGUGAUUGGAGUCAAUAACCGCAACCUUGUCAACUUCGAGGUUGAUAUGAACACUACCAGCCGAUUGAUGAACAUGGUCCCAAGGGAAACAAUUGUUUGUGCGUUAAGCGGUAUCACUGGACCAGCCGAUGUCGAACCCUAUGCGCAAAAUGGAGUCGGGGCAGUUCUAGUUGGUGAAGCCUUGAUGCGCGCUUCCGACACCGCCCUAUUCAUCUCAGAGCUCCUUGGCGGCACACCGUUAUCUAAGUCGUCUGCAUCUGCCGCUCCUCUAGUCAAAAUCUGUGGCACACGGAGCGAUGUCGCUGCUGCAGCUGCAAUUGAAGCUGGGGCAGACCUCAUCGGAAUGAUUCUGGCUCCCGGACUAAAAAGGACAGUGUCUACUGAGAUGGCAUGGGAGAUCUCGAAACUCGUUCACAAGACGAGGAAGCCUCAAUCCUCUAGGAAACCCGCAUUUCCCUCUACGUCGGCGUUAGACUUCUUUGAGCACGCUUCAUCGACCCAUGUGUUCAACUCUGACCGAGCGCUCAUAGUUGGUGUUUUUCGAAACCAACCUCUAGAGUAUGUGCUCGAACAGCAGAGGCUCUUGAACUUGGAUAUAGUGCAAUUGCACGGCCAUGAGCCCAUCGAGUGGGCGAGACUAAUCCCUGUCCCGGUUAUCAAGGCAUUCGGACCCAAAGAUAACGGAAUCGGGCUUCGGGGGUGCCAUUCUCUUCCACUGCUGGAUGCAGGCUCCGGCGGCACGGGUCAGCAGCUUGACCUUUCAGAAGCCCUAGAAGCUCUUUCAAAGGAUGACGGUAUUAAGAUUAUUUUUGCGGGUGGCUUGAAUUCCGAUAAUGUACAGAAGGCCCUGGAAGGGCUUGGGGAAUACAGGGACCGCGUCAUCGCUGUCGACGUCAGUAGCGGUGUUGAGGGAGACGACGGGCUCCAGAGCGAGGACAAGAUUCAAGCUUUCAUCAAAGCUGCCAAGGGAUUAUAA